AUGCCCUCCAUCCUGGAAGACCCCACGACCCGCAACCCCCCACCAAAAGCACACACAGAUGCAGCGCCGACUCUAACAGCGAGGAAAAUUACUCUGCCCAAGUCCUCCUCCGCACCAAUGACGCUCUACCCCAUCAUAGGAGGACCGCAAGCAGUCCCCAAAGACCUAAUCAAAUUCCUGCACGAGGAGUUCACCGCGGAGAUCCUCCGCGGCGGGACAUACCCGAUGGAGCAGCCGAUGCCCCUAGAUCAAUUCGCCGAUUAUUGGUUCGGGACGUUUGCAGUCCUGGCGAUCUUGGACGACGAGGGCGAGGGCUUAAGAGAAGGAAGGAAUUGGGAGAGUGUUUGUUUGGGAACUUUUUAUAUCAAGCCGAACUAUCCUGGCCGCUGCUCCCAUAUCUGCAAUGCAGGCUUUCUCACUACCACUGCCGCACGCGGAAAGGGUGUUGGACUGGCUAUGGGCGAAGCUUACUUGGAAUUUGCCCCGAGAUUGGGAUACACAUACUCAGUCUUCAACCUGGUCUUCGCUAAUAACCCGGCCUCCAUUCGUAUCUGGGAGAGGCUAGGGUUUAGUGUUAUCGGACGGGUUCCCAAGGCUGCGCGGUUGGCGAACAGCGAGGAGUUGGUGGAUGCAUUGAUUUUCGGACGUGAGCUGGGUAGUUAA